CUCAUUCCUGGGGACCACCACAUUGGGGCUACAACACAAAAUAAGGAAGAGAAUUAAAACCGACCGUGUGGCAAUAAGUAAACUAAGAGCUUCAUUUGCGACCAAUGGGAAGCUCGACUGGGUCAUAAAUCAAUAUAAAUUAUGAUAAUUUGUGACGGUGCGGAUAGAUUAUGUCAAUGAACUCCCCGGGGCCCAAUAAGAGCCCGAUAUGUUAAUAUAUGCAGAUUAACCUAAUGAAUAUGUAAUCGGUAGCUGGUGGCUGUGCUGUUUGGAGACGGGCAGUGGCUUCACGUUGGGUUUUAUUUAUAUUUUUAUUUUUGGAGAUAAGUGAACCGAGCUGAUCACAUCAACGUAAAAUGCACCGGAAGAGCCCGCAGAUGCCGGAGCGGGAGCGGGAGGCCCCGGUUUUGCCCUCCUUCCCGGUGGUUUUGAAGAAUCUUCUGGAGAACCCGCCGCAGAAGCUGCUGGAGAGUGAGGGUAAGGACGAGGGUAAAGAGAAGAAUGUGGAUGAAGCAGCCAGCAGCACCACAGCUGCCUCUGCCUCCCUCAUGCCAACCAUCUGGGAUAAGACUAUUCCCUAUGAUGGGGAGACCUUCCAUCUUGAGUACAUGGAUCUGGAUGAAUUCCUCUUGGAAAAUGGCAUUCCAGAUGGUUCAAACCAGUUUGAGCUGCAGGAAGAACUGCAAGUUGGUCUCUUGCCAGUAGUGGAGCUGGAAGAGAAAGUACCAUCUCCUACAUUGUCGAUAUCUGGAAAUAUGACGCGUUCUAAAGUGGAGAGUGAUGAAACAGGUGGGAAGAAAUCUGAACGGAAGACUCCAAACUCCGUAGACCUGGAAGAUGUUGAUAUUCUGGUGAAUUUUGAACCUGACCCUACUGACCUGGCACUGUCCAGUGUUCCAGGAGGAGAACUUUUUAAUCCACGGAAGCAUAAGUUCAGUGAUGAGGAACUCAAACCACAGCCCAUGAUUAAAAAAGCGAAAAAGGUCUAUGUACCGCCAGAGCAAAAGGAUGACCGCUACUGGGCAAGACGCAAGAAGAACAACGUGGCAGCGAAGCGUUCACGUGAUGCCCGGAGAUUGAAAGAGAAUCAAAUCACAGUUCGAGCAGCCUUCCUAGAGAAGGAAAACUCAGCCCUGAGGCUGGAGGUGGUUGAGCUGCGUAAUGAGGUGGCACGGUACAAAAGUAUCAUCUCUAAAUACCGACCUCAAUGGAUCUCCCUCCGCCUAAUCGUAAUCUAAACGAACCAUGGGCAGAGGGCAAGGGAUAGUUGCAUCAGGGCACAAAGAUGUAAUGCAUUUGCCAUUUUCAAAGUUGUAUAUUUUGUUGUAAUUCUAUUGUUCAGGUUACAAUAGAAACAUGUAAAUGUGACAAAUAGGAAGUUAUAAUGAACUAAUGUUUAAAAUCUUGGUUAGACCAUAAUUGGGACACUGCACGUUUCUGGUCUCCAUUUGGUAAUCAUAUAGAGGCAGUGAAGAAGGUGCAAGAAAGAUUCUGCCAAUGAUAAUGGAAUUGAAUUUAUAACUUACCCAGGAAGCUGAAUAACUUCAUGCUCUUUUCUCUGAAAAGGCUUUUAAGAAACAAUUUAUAUCCACAUUUUUCAUAUUAAAUUCUUACAAUAAUGUUUAUUAUAGAAAAGUAGAAUCGUGAGUGAAUAUGGAUGAUUUAAUACUUGGGGCUUGUGAGGCACAUACUGGAAUGGCCUGAAAUCUAAUCAGAAAUUGAGUCUUUAAAUCAGAAUGGGAAGAUCUUGAAUUAUAUUUUUAAUGUGUUUUAUUUUUUUGAAAACUUUAGCAACUGUGAUCCUAAUCGAACCAUCAUAAUUACUUAACCAUUACCUUUGUGCUUGUGUGGGAUCAUAUUCUGUGUGUAUGUGUCUCUCGCUGUGUCCCUCCCUCCGUGUACGUCUCCCUCUGUGUCCAUCUCUUCCCUCCUCCAGUCGUCUUGAUAAUUUACCACCAAAACAAUGCCAAGAGCAAAACCCUGGAGAAAUUUCAUAGGCUUAAUCGGACAAAAUUGUUUUUGUUUUACUUUAAACAGUGGAUAGCACAGUGACAAAGUGGUUAGCACUGCUGCCUCUCAGCACCAGGGACCCGGGUUUGAUUCCAUCCUCAGGUGAUUUGUGCAGACUCCACACAGACAUUUUCCCCUUGUCG